AUGGCGGCGUCCAUAGACCCAAACUUCCCUUGUGCCUUGACCGUCGAAGUGCCUUUCCCAACACAUAGACUGGCUUCUGUUGCUCUGAAAGCCCUUCAGGUCGAUAAGGAGUUAUCUUCCUUAGUAACCCGAAGCUUCGCCAUAAGCGCUCCAAGUGAUGGAGUUACCGAUACGAAUGCGAAAGGCAACAUAUUGCAAGCCCAGUACAAGGCCACAACGAACCGAAUGCUUCGCGUAGCUGUCAACUCUUUCAUGGAGAGCUUGGCCUUGGUAAUGGAGGUUAUGGAGGAGCUCGAUGAAGAUGUCUUAACACUUCAAGACCAAGUAAACUAG